AUGGUCGUGAAAUAUUAUUACUUUCUUCUCGUGGUUAUGUUGAUGAUAUCUUCAAUUACAUCGGAAAAUUUGGGAUUUAAUUUUCCAUGGUCAAAAAAGGCUGAUACUAAGAAAUUCGCAACGACACUUCCACCGGAAACAGUUCAUUUAACGAUGCAUGAAAAAAGUUAUUCAACUGAAGAAAAAGUUAAAUAUAUUAAUGAUUGUGUUAAAAAGUGUAUGGCUACUCAACCGCAAAGAUUAGAAAAACGAGAUUUUCUUGAUUUAGGUCGAGAUAAUUGUAUUGAAAUACAUUGCCAAAUUUAUGAACGGCGUCGUUAA